GUGGGGUUGCUGUGCAUUCCAGCGGGCAAGGGUGGCAGAGGGGCGGGCCUAACGGUUCCCGCAGGAAUCAGAUUGAGGAUUCCCUGAGACCAGGGGAACCAAGCGCCCCAGCACAGAGGGGGCGCCAAAGACACGGAGCGUGAGCGCACACCGAGGGGUCGCUCUUUGACAACAGCAGUCACUUCCGGCCGCGCACGCUUCUGGGAGCGGAAGUGCUUUAGCUUUUGGCGGGCGGCCGCGUGGCGAGCGACGGAGGGGUCCAGAGUGAUCAGGAGGCCAGCUACCUACGGCAACAGCUAUCCUGUGCACACUGCUCUCCCUGCUCUCCUUACCUAGAGUCAUCAUGCCUCGAGGUCAAAAGAGCAGGCACCACGGCCGAGCAAAACGCCGACAUGACCAAAAUAAAGCUCAGAGUUGUAGGGAUGGUCAGCAAACAGCCACUGCAGCAGAAGCACCCCCUCCCUCCCUGCAGAGUCUACCUGUUGCUGAGUCAUGUAGCACCCCCCAGGAGCCCCAAGGUGCAGCACAUGCCACCGCUGCUUCUGCAGCUGAUUCUUACACUGCCUCUGGUAACAAUCCCACUGGCCAAGAUAAGGAAAGGAAAAGCACCUACAACACCCUAAUCCCCACACACAGCUUAGACAGAGAGCUAUGUGGGAUGAUUGUGUUGUUGGAGCAGUUCCUGCUUUACAAGUAUAAAAUGAAACAGCCCAUUUUUAGGGCUGACAUGCUGAAGCUUAUCAAACGGAGCCACUUACACAAGUUUGAUGAGAUCCUUAAGAAAGCCUCAGAGCACAUCGAUAUUGUUUUUGCUCUUGAAAUGAAGGAAGGCGACUCUGCCUUCCGCUCCUAUGACCUUGUCAGCAAACUGAAACUCCCCAACAACGGAAGGGUGCGCCCUGGCAGAGGGUUACCCAAGACCGGCCUAGUGAUGAACAUCCUGGGUAUGAUCUUCAUGAAGGGCAACCGGGCCACCGAGGAAGAUGUCUGGAAAUUGCUGAGUAUGAUGGGAGUGUAUGCUGGGAGGAAGCACUUCAUCUACGGAGAGCCCAGGAAGCUCAUCACCAGAGAUUUAGUGAGGCUGCAGUACCUGGAGUACCAGCAGGUGCCUGAUACUGAUCCUGCACGCUACGAAUUCCUGUGGGGUCCAAAAGCCCAUGCUGAAACCAGCAAGAUGAAAGUCCUGGAGUUUGUGGCCAAGAUCAAUGACACCGUUCCUGCUGCCUUCCCAUCCCAGUAUGAAGAUGCUUUGAGAGAUGAGGAAGAGAGAGCCCGAACCAAACAUGCAGCCAUGCCCAGCAAUGUUGCCAGAGCUAGUGGCGCCCUCAAGUUCCGAUGUUCAGUGUGUUCUUCCACCCAUUCUUAGCAUUCUGAUAAGAAAGUAUGAUAUGGAUAUUGGGAUUAAACAAUCUCCAUGUCAAAGAAUUCUACAGUAAAAUUAGUGGAGUAAUGCAAUGGGGGAAAAUAGUUACUUCCCCUAAUUUCCUUUUAGUCUAGUUUUCUAAAAUUAAACAAUGUAUACUCUUUCUUAGUUUAUUUUGUAAAGUAGGAAAAAUUAAAUCUUAUUAAGUUAGACUUCAUGUCUCUUCACUGUUUUCUUCACCAAAUAUUCAUUGAGCAUCUGGUACUUGGAAGGCUCCUUCGU